AUGAGCAUUUUCAACCAAAAAUCCAAGUUCAAAAUCAAGACCGAGAUCCGCACCGUCCGCGAGACCGUCGAGCGUCCCAAACUCAAAGCGUCGACGUCCUCCUCGAGCAUACCCACCACCGGUUCCUCACAACACUCCAACGUCCGGAUCGCGGGGGCGGGGUCAUCUCUGUCGCGCGCCUCCUCCACGCCCAGACUCAACGGAACCAGCCACACCACCUCUACCUCCUCCUCCGCCCGCGCCUCCCUCACCAAGGUCACCACAAUCCCAACCGCACGACGGAUACAGAGCGCGUCGCCCAUCCCGUCCAUCAACGGCGACGGCCGGAGCAGCCGCAAGCGGCGUGCAAUCAAGGCCUCGAGCCGGUCGCCCAUCAGCCCGCACUUUUCUGAAGACUCGGAUUCGGACAGCAACGGGGACGAGAACUGGGAGGACAACCUGGACGCUCGCAAGCGUCGCAAGCGGGUACACGAUGAGCGACCCGUUGACGUGAACCGGAAGUUGCGACACCCAAAGAUCUGGAAGGGCGAGGAUGCGGAUCAGGUGGAGCGGAUACCCGGCCCGGCAAUUAUACAUGCGGCCAAGGUUGCGAGCCUGGAGCACAAGUGCAAGCCCGCGCUGGGGCUGAAGAACGAGGAGGUUGCUGUGAGGUUGCAGUAUCCUGGGGCCAGGUAUCCUGAACGGUACGAACUCGUAGAGGGCAAAGAUAAGAUUGAUGCCGUCAAGGACAUCGAAAAAGUAGUACAAUUAGCCGCCUCGACCUAUCUCACAGACGAAGAGGGCAAGAUUUUUCUUGACCAUCAAACAGGCAUCCUCCGAAAGCUCGUCAAAAGCAAAAACCGAUCCGACGGCCCCGGCUUCAAAGCCGCCCUCCGCGAAUACAACGACGAAUUUCUCAAGCUCAUGCACAAGGGCGUCAUUGUCCGAAACCUCGACAAGAUGCACGGGAUACCGCGCGAGCUGGUGGAUUUCAUCCUCGACCAAGUAUACGACCGCACCGUCGCCCCACGGGUCGAGCUCUUGGCCAAGUACCAAAACGGCAGCGACAACGUUUACGGCGAACUAAACCACCCUUUCAUCUCCGACAUUCUCGAGCGGACCAACCUGACCUCGGACAAGGUGUUUGUCGAUCUCGGCUCGGGUGUCGGCAACGUGACGCUUCAGGCAGCGCUCGAGAUUGGGUGCGAGAGCUGGGGCUGCGAGAUGAUGGAGAAUGCGUGUAACCUGGCCGAGGCGCAGUAUGACGAGUUCAUGGCCCGCUGCCGGCUGUGGGGGGUCAAGCCCGGCAAGGUACGCCUGGAAAGAGGGGACUUCCGUAAGAACGAGAAGAUCCUCGAGGUGCUUAAGCGGGCCGAUGUGGUGCUCGUCAACAACCAGGCCUUCACGUCGCAGCUUAAUGACAACCUUGUCAGUAUGUUCCUGGACCUGAAGAUCGGAUGCAAGAUCAUCUCGCUCAAGACAUUCGUGCACGACAACAAGAACGCCGAGAACGAUGUGGCCACGUCGAUCCUAGAUGUCGAGCACCUUACGUAUCCUGAAGGCUAUGUCAGCUGGACUGGCGCUAGCGGGACAUAUUGUAUUUCGACCCGGAGGUGAUGCAACGGCCAGGGGGUAAAUGCUGCGCUGGGUUGGGGAAACGAGGAGGUUAGCGAGCUCUUUCCUGCUUUAGGGCUCCUGGGAC